AUGAGCUCGCCGCGUCAAUUUUCGGCCCAUAGCCGGUCGCCCUCAUUAUUAUCAGAGCGCCGCGAAUUUCGAAGGAUAUCAGGUCUCUCCUUUGGCUCCCCCGCCGAUGCACAACCAGCCCCCGACGGCCAAGCCACCGUUACCGAAGAGAUUAGCGAGAUCAAGCGUUACGAAGACUUUACAACCAUUGACUGGGUCCAAGAUGCGGUGUAUGAACAAUCGCGCCGCCGCGCCAAGCGACGGAGCGGCGCCGGGUUCUGGGACCAGGACGGUCUCUUUGGCUGGCGGCGGAAAGUACACGAGUCAUACGAUGCGGGACAAGCCUGGCUUGUGGUUACGCUUGUCGGCAUGGCAAUUGGAUUGAAUUCGGCGGUUUUGAAUAUCGUCACGGAAUGGCUGGCCGAUAUCAAGCUGGGUCAUUGUAGCACUGCAUUCUACCUGAACCAACAGUUCUGCUGCUGGGGUGCCGAAGGAAGCUGUUCCGAUUGGAAGCAGUGGACUUCCCUGUCGCUAUUCAAUUACAUUGCUUAUUUUUUCUGGGCGGUUUUAUUCGCUCUCGUCGCUGCGGCUCUGGUCAAAUCGUUUGCGCCCUAUGCCGCAGGCUCCGGCAUCUCGGAAAUCAAAUGCAUCAUUGCCGGCUUCGUCAUGAAAGGGUUCCUCGGUGCCUGGACACUGGUGAUCAAAUCAAUUGCUUUGCCAUUGGCUAUUGCAUCAGGCCUCUCUGUGGGAAAAGAGGGACCAAGCGUGCACUUUGCCGUGUGCACCGGAAACGUGAUAUCCCGGUGGUUUGGCAAAUACAAGCAAAACGCAUCGAAGACGAGAGAAAUUUUGACGGCAUCUGCAGCUGCUGGUGUGGCUGUGGCUUUCGGUAGUCCAAUUGGAGGGGUGUUAUUUUCACUCGAGGAAAUGGCCAACUACUUUCCACUGAAAACUCUUUGGAGAAGUUACUUUUGUGCAUUGGUGGCAACCAGUGUAUUAGCUGCGUUGAACCCGUUCCGAACGGGACAGCUGGUCAUGUUCCAGGUGGAGUAUGACCGCACGUGGCACUUUUUUGAGCUCAUCUUCUUUGUGGGGCUUGGUGUUUUUGGUGGACUGUACGGCGCAUUCGUGAUCAAAUGGAAUCUUCGGGUCGCAGCUUUCCGGAAGAAAUAUUUGGCCCAGUACCCUAUCGUCGAGUCGGUUGUCCUUGCUGGCUUUACUGCGCUCCUGUGCUAUCCGAAUAUGUUCUUGAAGAUCAACAUGACGGAGAUGAUGGAGAUUUUGUUCCGCGAAUGCGAGGGUGGACAUGACUAUCAAGGGCUGUGCCAAGCCAAGAACAGAUGGUCGAUGGUCCUGUCAUUGGCCGUCGCGACGGUUUUUCGGACUCUUCUGGUGAUUGUCUCCUACGGAUGCAAGGUGCCUGCCGGCAUAUUCGUGCCUUCGAUGGCCGUCGGGGCGUCCUUUGGGCGCAUGGUGGGGAUAAUGGUGCGGGCAUUGCAGGAGUCCUUCCCCGAUUCUGCAUUUUUCUCCUCGUGCAAGCCAGAUGUGCCCUGCAUCACACCAGGAACCUAUGCAUUUUUGGGAGCUGGGGCAGCGCUCAGUGGGAUCAUGCAUCUGACUAUUUCGGUCACUGUCAUUAUGUUCGAGCUGACAGGGGCGCUGACUUAUAUCCUUCCGACAAUGAUUGUGGUGGGAGUCGCCAAAGCCGUUGGAGACCGCUUUGGAAACGGCGGUAUCGCAGACCGGAUGAUUUGGUUCAACGGGUUUCCGUUCCUCGACAACAAGGAAGAUCAUGUCUUCAAUGUUCCGGUUUCCCACGCGAUGACGGCUGACCCCCUGUCGCUGCCGGCAUCUGACUUCCCUGUGCGCGAAGCAGAGCAUCUUCUGAGCGACAAUAAGUUUCAGGGCUUCCCAGUUGUGGAAGACCGCACCACCAAGACCCUGGUAGGGUUCAUAGGACGCACUGAGCUCCGAUACGCCAUCGAUCGUGCACGCAGUGAAGGACUGCUCUCACCCAGUGCCCGGUGUGCGUUCACCAAAGAGGCGGCCGAAGCGGCAGUCGCGCGGCGGGCAUCUAUCCCGCAGCACGUCCGAGCCUCGGAGACGUUCGACUCAAUCCAGAGAAGCGUGGGGGCCCACAUGGUUGACUUCUCGCGGUAUGUCGACCACACGCCACUAACGGUGCACCCGCGCCUGCCCCUUGAAACGGUCAUGGAAAUCUUUAAGAAGAUGGGCCCGCGCGUCAUCCUUGUCGAGCACCGCGGCCGGCUCAGAGGCCUGGUGACCGUCAAGGAUUGCCUGAAGUAUCAGUUCAAGGUCGAGGCCGAGGAGCACGCUCUGGCCGAAACGAGCGCGACGGCCUAUCGCGCGGUGAGCGGUCCUCUGGCCGCCCCUGCUCCUGAAACCACUGAGGAUCGUAUAUGGCGGCUCAUCCAGUCGGUGGUCUUGUUUGUAUCUGGCGUGAGUUCUCGCUGGCCCGUCAGGCCGCAUGAGCGCCGUGCCCCGGGACCGUCGGAACCGUCGGGUAUCCUGGAUGGGACGGAGGAUGACGGGGUGGUGGAGUUGGAGAGUCGACAGGAUCGGUUUGCAGGUCGCUAG